AUGCAACACGGCUUAUACUGGAAGAUCCGCAAGCACAUGCGCUACAUCCAGACCAAAUACCGCAUCUUCGACGUCGCCAACUACAUCUUCCUAGCCCUCCAGCUCCUCCUCAGCGCCGUCUUCAUCGUGCUGGGCUCAGUAACGGGAAACUAUAAAGUGGCCAUCGCGGUCCUGGGUGCGAUCUCGACUGUCAUAGGUGGGUUGCUCGCUUUCAUGAAGGGGCAAGGUCUGCCGAACCGGUUGAGGCAGGUGAGGGAUGAUUUGCAACUGGUGCUGUUUGAGGCCGAGGAGUUGUAUUAG